AUGACAUGGAGCAAUGCCACCCGUGUUCUUAUUCAUAUUGGCGAUGCACCACCACAUGGUCGUCGUUUUACCAACUUAUAUGAUGAUGAAUAUCUAGAUGAUGACUAUCCAGAAGGUGACCCGAAUGGUCUAACUGCAGAAAGUGUGCUAAAGAAAAUGCAAUUAAAAAAGAUUUUAUAUUAUUUUGGAAAAAUUAAUGAUUUUACCGAUGUCAUGAUUAAUGUAUUUCGUGAAAUAAUUGGAGAGUUGCCUAUAUUCGAUCUUAUGACUACGGGGCAUAAUCCUGAGGCAUUAAAUAAUCAUCCAAAGAAAACAGGAAAACUUUUAUAUUGUAUUCUACCUAAAACUCUUUCUGAAGUUAAAGAUGAAUAUUAUUUUAUUAAUUCAAAUUUGAUUGAACAAGACAUAUCUUUUAAACUUGCACCGCAACCAUUCUCUGUCGGUGCUGAACGAUAUGCUUAUUUUGCACUUGAUACGAGCUUUGGACAAGCUAAUAAAUUAGUGAUAAAAAAGUAUCACGACGUUAAAAUAAGCACUACAGAAAGAUAUUUAGAAUCAGUGGAAAUCUCUAAUAUUGCUUAUUUUUUUUCAACAAAAUUCAAUAUAGCCGCAAAACGGGUUGGAGUUAAUAAAAAAGUUAGAUUUAUUAAUGCAAAAGUCUUACACGAUAAGGCAGAUAAUACUUACUACUCCAUAGAAAAAUAUAUCGAUAAUGCAGAAUUUAAAAAAUUCAACGUGAGUAGUGGUCUAAUUACAGAAUUUCAUUCCAUUCUCGAGGCAUUUGCUCAUUUCACGUAUCAAUACAGUGAAGAGUAUUUAGUAGUUUAUGACUUACAAGGUGUCGAACUCCAUGAUGAGUUCUUGUUAACAGAUCCAGCUAUACAUUGUAUUGAUUUAUUAAGAUUUGGAAAUACAAACUUAGGAAAGAGAGGAAUUCAAAAAUGUUUUUUAGCAAAACAUAAAUGCAAUGAUAUUU